AUGAAAGAACAUAAAGAUCACGUAGUGGUGAUCACCUACGGACCAUCGUCGGAGGGUUCAGUGACGGCAUCGCCAAUCUCUCAUCAAACGCCAGCAGUUCCGACGCCGUCUUUGUUUGCAUAUUCCGUAACGCCGUCAGGAUUCAGCUCACGGCGAGAGUCGGUUCAUGUUCCCGGUUUGGUGCUCCGGUUUAUAACUUUGGUUCUCUGUUUUGUCUCUGCUCUUUCGCUGGCAGUGAAUGUUAAUCGGCCUUCACUGAGACAUCAUCGGACACAGAGCUCCUCGAGUUUCGCUUCAUAUCCUGAACUAUUGUAUUGUUUUGGUGUAGCGGUGACAGGAUUCGUGUAUACAUCUCUGCAAACAUUCAAAGGAGUUUGUGAUAUUACUCACAAAGGAGUUUUAAUCUCUGAGCCUCUCUCCGAUUACAUCAGCUUCAUUCUUGAUCAGGUUAUAUGUUAUCUACUAGUAUCAUCUUCUUCCGUGGCAAUUGCGUGGAUCCAACAUAUAAACGAGGAUGGGAUUAUAACACUGAGAAAUAACUCCAUAGUUUCAGUUUCAAUGUCCUUCUCUGCUUUUUUGGUUUUGACACUCUCUACCCUCUUGUCCGGGUAUAAGCUUUGCAAAAGAUUUAUGUGGUAA